UCCGUCCAACAAGACAUGUCUGACAUCAUAUCCCGCUGUCACCUUCGCUUUCAAACGAAUCAAACAAACAUGAGAAAAUAAAAGUAGUAACACUAACACACAAAACAAAAAUGUGUUUAAACUCUUUCCUCCAGAUAUAUACAACACAAGACACACUAUACAGAACAGAGCAACAACAACACUCAACACCGAUUCCAGCAACUCGUUCAUCUGAGUUAAUGGGUAUCCGGUUCUCAAUUUCAUCAUCACAACCGUCAAAACCGAGUUUAGGAGAAUUACCUGAAAGCUGCGUAGCUGUUAUAAUGGAAUAUAUGGAUCCACCUCAGAUUUGUAAAUUAGCUUCUUUGAAUCGAGCUUUUCGUGCUGCUUCUUCAGCUGAUUUUGUUUGGGAAUCCAAACUACCCCCUAAUUAUCACCUCAUCAUCCGCAAAAUAUUCGAUGUUUCUUUUCCUUCUCAUUUAGAGAAAAGAGGAAUUUAUUCGCGCCUCUGUUCUCUUAAUACCUUCGAUGGAGGCACAAAGAAAGUUUGGUUGGAUAGAAGCAUGGGUAAGCUAUGUUUGUCUAUUUCGGCUAAAGGAUUGUCAAUAACAUAUAUUGAUGAUAGAAGAUAUUGGAACCAUAUACCUACUGAAGAAUCAACAUUCAGUAGUGUUGCAUAUCUCCAGCAAAUCUGGUGGUUUGAAGUGGAUGGUGAAGUUGAGUUCCCAUUUCCAGCUGGAACAUAUAGCUUAUUCUUCAGAAUACAUCUUGGAAAAGCCUCCAAAAGAUUUGGAAGAAGGGUUUGCAACACAGAACAUGUUCAUGGGUGGGAUAUAAAGCCAGUUAGAUUCCAGCUAUGGACUUCAGAUGGACAGUAUGUUGCAUCACAGUGUUUUCUGAAAGGUCCGGGCAAAUGGCGCUAUUACCAUGCCGGCGAUUUUGUAGUUGAAGAUGGUAAUGUAUCAACAAAAGUUAAAUUCUCUAUGACUCAAAUUGAUUGCACACAUACUAAAGGUGGUCUCUGUUUAGAUUCUGUUUUUGUGUAUCCUAGUGAAUUUAGAAAGGUUAAAGAAUUUUUGAACUAAUCUUGGCCUUUAAGGUAAGAAUAUUAGUGUCUUGUAUUUUGUAUAUAUUAGAGAUUAGGUUAGUAGAGAAUCUAGUUUUUAAUAGGGUUUUUUUAUUUAGGUUUAGAAUUUUGUAGAAGCCAUGGGGGCCAUGUAUAUGUGUAUAUUUAAUAAUUGGUAUUUGGUUAUUUAGCAUCUGUUUAUUAGUA